UAAUGAAAAUUAGUCUUUAAUUAAAAAGUAGCCAGGAUGACUACUUUGGUCUUUGGGUAGAAUCUCACAUAACAUUUCCUCAAUGCGGCCAACACUUGAAAUACUAGUGUCCCUACUUGCAUACCCAAAAAUGACUAUAACUAAACAAAAGAUAAUAAUCGGAGCCUGGGGUUUCUUGAUCAACGGCUCUCAUGCAUCACACAGUGUAUAUAAAUACACAUAUACCUCAUAAAAGUGAGUGCGUAUAUACUGAUCAAGAUUUUCAUCUUCAUCUGCAGAAAAAAAUGAUGCUCCGCUGCAAGGGGAAGGCUGAUGAUCAUGAGUGCAAAAAAGUUACUCUGGUUCUCAAUGUAGAAGUGUGUGAUUACCAUCAUUGUUUGGAGAAAACUAGUCAAUGUGUUGGAAACCUUCAUGGGUUGGAGAAGAUUGAUUCUUUAAAAAUAGAGAGAGAUGGCUUCAUAUAUAAGAUAACAAUUGUGGGUAAAGUUGAUCCCUUGAAGAUCUUGGAGGAGAUGAAGAAUAAACUUGGAAGCACAGUGAUUCUCGUUUCUGUAGUUGAUGAGGAGGACACGCCUAUAAAUACCCAGUUCAGAUUGAAUCUGGCUUGCGACAGAAGUGUCAAGACAAUUCUUAACGUUGUGAGCAAAAGCAGAGGAUUUCAAGGGAUAAACAUAGAGAGGACGAGAAAUUUGGUGACUGUGAAAGGGGAAAAUGUGGAUACAGAGAUGCUGAGGCUGACACUACAGAAGAAACUUAACAGUGCCGUGGAGGUUAAUCAGGUUAUUGUGCCGCCGCCGAAUCAAGAAGCUAAGAAGGUUUCCGCCACCGUGCCUCAGCCUUACUGGCCUCUCUGGGCGGAGCGCGGUGGCCCCAGUCAUGAUGAUCAGGAGGUCUGUGGGAUCAUGUGAUUAUGGCUCCAGAGGUCAAAGUUGCAGUUCGUAUACUUCGUUUUUAGUAAAGAUAAGAACAGCCAUUACAUACCAAGUAUACUACUUUAGGUAUGUUUAUACGGAGUAUGUAUUAUUACUACGUAUAAAAGAAAACACUAGUAGAAGAUACGGAGUAUAACUAAAGAACAUACCCGGCCAGAAUCUCUUUGGAUAGGCCGGCUUGAAAAGCAUAUAGUCUAUUAAUCCUUCACAUAAUUAACUUAGGGUACGAGC